GCCACAACAUCUCUAACGAGCCGGAUAGAUGGAUAAGAUAAAUGUCACUGGUAAAUCCUGGUUGACCAUGCCUUCGCGCUCCACCAUCAUCCCGCCCUCGCCGCCCUCGGGCAUCGAAUUGCAUUGCACCUUCACGCCACGCCCGGAGAUCGUCCGAUCACGAUGCUCGACCAUUUCAAACUAUUACCAAUUGUCUGAUCUUGCGAUAAUCUAAUCAAUCUUCUGCAUCGUACCAAGAAGCUACACUCAACAGUAUUCCUCGGCCGGUUUAUUUGAUCUUGCAGGUAUUUCCUGAGCGACGCCGUGCGCAUACAGAAAAACAGAAUGGCAGGCCGUGGAAUGGACGUCCUACUUCGGACGGUGCUCAUUUGCUCGGUAUGGCAAGGACUUGCUUCAGCGGCGACCUACGAUCUCAAUGUAUCAUGGCUCCGACGCAAUCCCGAUGGCAUGGCUGAUCGGUCGGUCAUUGGCAUCAAUGGCCAAUGGCCAAUCCCAGUCCUCAACUUCACUAUGGGUGAGAAUGUCAUCGUGAAUCUACACAAUCAGCUCGGCAAUCAAAGCACCAGUCUGCACUUUCACGGGCUGUACCAGAAUGGCACCAAUGCCAUGGAUGGACCAGUUGGCGUUACUCAGUGUGAUGUCCCACCCGGAUCAAGUUUUACAUACAACUUCACUAUUGAUCAACCUGGCACAUACUGGUAUCACUCUCACAGCCGUGGUCAAUACCCAGACGGCCUGCGAGGACAAUUCGUAGUCCACGAUCCCAAAAAUCCAUUCCGAGGACAAUUUGAUGAGGAGAUUUCCUUGACCUUGUCAGAUUGGUACCACGACCAAAUGCCUGGCUUGUUGGACCAAUUUGCCAGCUAUAAAAACCCUACAGGUGCCGAACCUGUUCCGAAAUCCGCGCUAUUGAACGACACGCAGGACCUUCAAGUCAACGUCCAGCCUCGCAAGACAUACUUUUUGCGGAUCACCAAUGUCGGCGCCUUCGCAAGUCAAUACUUUUGGAUCGAGGGCCACAACAUGACGAUUAUCGAAGUCGAUGGUGUAUACACCGAGCCAGCAUCGGCCAACAUGAUUUACCUGACCGCUGCGAUGCGUUAUGGUGUACUGGUUACGACGAAGAAUGACACAGGCGCGAAUUUCCCCAUGAUGGCCAGUAUGGACACAGACCUUUUCGACAGCAUCCCAGAUGGUCUCAACUAUAACGUGACAGGUUGGCUUGUUUACGACAAGUCGGCGCCAUUACCGCCUGCGGCAGAACUUGAUGAGUGGACGGAUUACGACGACUUUACGCUGCAAGCGCAGGAUGGUAUGGCAGUUUACGACAAAGUCGAUCAUUCCGUUCAGCUCGAUCUCUCCAUGAACAAUCUUGGAGACGGUGCCAACUACGCCUUCUUCAACGACAUCAGCUACGUCAGACCAAAAGUGCCGACAUUGUACACUGCUAUGUCUGUUGGUAGCAACAACACAGAUGUCCGCGUCUAUGGUAGAGAUACCAACUCGUUUGUGCUGGAGAAGGGCGAAAUUGUUGAGAUCGUCCUGAAUAAUGACGAUGGAGGCAAGCACCCUUUCCACUUGCACGGACAUGCCUUCCAGGUUGUUGCCAGAAGUGACGACGAUGCUGGUCACUACGAUCCUAGCAAUCACACCGAUUUCCCUGCGAUCCCGAUGCGCCGCGACACUUUCAUGGUCCGACCUAAUGGUAAUUUCGUAGUGCGAUUCAAGGCCGACAAUCCCGGCAUCUGGCUCUUCCACUGUCAUAUCGAAUGGCAUCUCGCCACAGGUCUCAUCGCUACCUUCGUCGAGGAUCCCACCACCCUCCGCGAAACACAGACGAUUCCCCAGCAACAUUACGAUACCUGCAAAGCUGCCGGUGUGCCGUAUCAGGGCAAUGCGGCUGGAAACAAGGACAAUGUCUUCGAUUUGACAGGCGAAAAUUUGUCGGUAGCGCCUCUUCCUGCGGGCUUCACGGCUCGAGGUAUUGUCGCCCUGGUCUUCAGCUGUAUUGCGGCAUUCUUGGGAAUGGCGGUAAUUGCUUGGUAUGGAUCUGCGCCCUUGACGCCAGCGGAGAUUGAGCGUACCAAGCGCUUCGUUGAGGAAGCGAAUGCGAACAACGCAGCCCCUCUUCCCGAGAGGAAUACUGCUGCCUGAAUAGACGAAUGCCGAUAAUGAUGAUGACAUGUUUUGACAUAUGUAUAUGAAUCUAAUGCAUCAAAAGUUUGAUAUUCCGUCGUUGCCGACAUGAAAUUCAACAUAUCCUCUUUGCA